CAAUCACUUUCAGUUUUAGUCUGUACACCUUCCGACUAACAACACGCACAAUGGGCAAGCAAUGGGUAGCAGAGCUGAAAAAACAGCUGAAGAAGAGUCCUUUUUAUUCAAAUGCAAUUAUUGGCUUUUUAAUGGUGGGACUUGAGAAACUCGUGGAGAUGGAUUUUGCAUGUCCUUGUGAUCCAAAGAUGAACCUGAUGUUUUCUGCUGCAUAUUUUGUGAUUCCUGCUCUGUUUUCGAGCACACUCAUGUUUUAUAUUCAAAGCCCACAAUGCAACACAAAGCGUCUGCUCUCUAUCGGGACCUGCAUCAUUCCAGCUGCUGUUUGGAUCAUGCUGCUGUUAUUUGAUGGACAAUACUUUGCCUGUGCAAAAACCUCAUGGGAAGGACUGACGGUUCACACUGAUAUAUCCGCUUCAACAACGUGGUGUAAGCCUUUCAUCAAUCCUGACAACAUCACUGAAAAGCAAAUGAAAUUUUUUCGCUUUCGAAAUACUUCUCAGAUAUUUGCUCUGAGCAUGCUGGGUUUAAGCUCUCUGCCUCUAUUUGCCUUUGGAUGUAAGAGGUGCUGCCACCAAGCAGAAACCAAAGAAACUGAAGCUGAACAAGUGGAAAUGGGGGAUCCUAGUCAACGUUCAACACCCCCUCCUGAAGGAUCUUCAUUAAUAGAGGAUGAAAUCAGAGGUGCAUCAGAUCAGCUAUAAAUAAAGACACUUUUUUCAGAUCUUGCAAAAAAAAAAAAAAAAUUAAAUGUUUAAUAUUCACUUUUAAUGUUCACAAACCUCACAUUUAAAAUGUAACAAAGAAAAAAAGAAUGGAAAAAAGUGUUUGCAGCACACCCAUCCGCACCACAAAUUACAUGUUUUUUCAGAAGUCUUGACGUAAUGAGAAACCACAUCCUGUCAUUCAGUGCUGCCUUAUGUAACAUUGUACAAUAUGCUGCUCACAUCCACUGAUUGUUAUUUUUUAUGCUUUCGGCUUGUGUACUGUCUUGUAAGUUUGGUAAAUAAAAGAAUACACACUG